AUGCCAAAAUCAAACGAGCAGUAUCUGUCACCGUCAGACCCUCCAGCAUCGUUGGGCGGCAAGUGUCCCCUCGAGAUGCUGCAGAUGACAUGCGCUGCCAUCGGCCGCGAUAGUCCCAAGCCUCCCAGCACCAGCUCAGCAUACCAAUCUGCUACCAACUCUACUCCGUCUUCAUCAACCAACAACCAAACCCGCGAAAAAGCUCUCAGUGUUAACGACGAUACUAACAUUUCUGUUGUUUCCGCUGACUCGUCGAAGUCGCAUGGGAAAACCGCCUUGAAGCGCAAAGCCGAACCUGUCUCGGAAAACAAGGAGGAAAGUUCCCCAAAGACUCCAGCUACCAAGCGCCGUUCGUCGCCUCUAAAUCCCCUCCCGUCUAAGUCCGCCAAGCUUUCACCAGCCAAAGUGCUUCCAGACUUGAGCGCUACUGCUACCGACGCUUCGCUUCUUUCUCACUUGAGCAUCACCAAUCCUACUCUAUACCGGCAACUCACAGCUUCAGCUUCUUGGCCUUCCGCUGCCGCCUAUGCGUCUGCUGCUUAUCCCCUCGGUCUUCCUGGGCUUACACCAUCACCUGUCGGUUACAAUCCUUAUUUAUAUCCUGCAUGGAGCCAGCUUGGACUCUCCAGUCUCACCUCCAGUCUAAGCAGUGCAUUCCCUCUCAGUCUUCCUCAACUUCCUGAACAACCAGCUGAACCCGAAAAAGCAUGCAACUGGGGAAACUGCAAUGAAAAGUUUUCCACAACAGAAGCUCUUGGCGAGCAUGUUAAGGAAGUCCACCUCUCGAAUACUUCAAAAUCUGCCUCCGAGCCGGCAGUCCGCCCAGCGACCUCAACUCCGACCGCGUUGCCCACCCCGAGCCUCCAUCAAAUGGCAGCUGCGCGGUACGCUCCCUACACGAUGCGAUAUGGCGCACGGGAACUGGCCAACCACUUCGUGUACUCUUGA